AGAGAAUGGUUAAGUUGUCUAAUCAUGUUGAUGAAUGUGGAGUUUAAGUAUUUGUUUCCCUUUUUAAGUGUGAUUACUCUGACUUUGAUCUCUAGACAGUUUUAGAUAGUUGACUGUAGCCCCCGUCGGUAUGUCCGAUUCAACUUAAUUUUAUCUAAGCAGAGUUUUGGAAUAUAAGCCGCUAUCUUGUCACUGGUAGUAACUAGCCGAGCCAGCAGUCUAUGAUUUUCACCCCAAUAUAGUAAUGUUCAAUAUAAUCGGAGGUCCGUGCCAAGUGGGAGAUCACCCACCAGGAACGGGAGUGUCGGUAACAGUGAAGACAUAAGCGCCGGCCAAAGCACUUUCAGGCACCAAGGCUACCGAAUCCUGCAGAGCCGAGAACAGAGAGCAUGGCAAAUCAGAUCGAGAUUAGCAUUCCCAUCGCUCAAACUCCUCGGAGGAAUUUGCCAUUCGCGUUUAAUUGCUGGGUGGCUUUAGCAGUGCACAAUUGAGGGCUCCAGUGCUCAUGGUCUACAUCUGAGUUUGUAAGAAAUUCUCGAAUAGUGGAUGGGGCUCUAGAAUCAAUAGUGAAGCGUUGAGAUAGUUUGUGGUGUUGUUUGAAUCUGGUGAUGGGUGCCUCACGUUUCGUCUGAAGAUUGGUUCCUUUUGGAAGUUUCAGAUUGUCAGGUUGUGAGCUGAGGUGCACUGUGGAGCCUCUGUGUGGCGAAAGUUUUCAUCAUAGAUCUAGCCCUGUCGGACACGAUCGAUCGAAGGGGACUGCAUCGUAAGUUCGUGGUGGUUAUGUUCGAAACCAUCGUGAUCACUACGUGAGUGCAAUGAUGGAGAUUUCGGAGUUGAGUCAAUGUUGACGAUGACCUGGUGCUUUUUGAUCUGGAUGCGCGUAACUGCGAUGAGCUUCAGGAGCUGAUCAAUUCGUUUCCUUGUGAGAAAGAGGAUUGUGAAGUCAGAGCCUGAUGAUCCCGUACAUUGCGCGAGUGAAUCUGAAUAUUCGAUGAACGUACAGCACAAGCUUCGCUGCUACCCUGGGGCUAGAAACUUAGUACGCAUGCAGGCUCUUGAUCUGUUCUUCUUGAGCCAGAUAUAUUAUUGCUCAUGACAAUGGCAUAUUAUUAGUAUCAAUCAAUCCCCGAGGUAGAGGGAAUCGUAUCCAGGAUUGUGCUUUUAGCCAUUCAGGAAUUGAGAGUCUAGGAUUUCUGAAGCUUCCGGAAGGAAUUGAAGUUGGAGGGGUUGUGCCCACUGUUCGAUGCAUAUUGCGGCACAAAGUAAGCAUUGGUGUUUCAGGAGGGUCGCAAGAAAGCAUAGUAUGGACGUGAUGGGUUUGCCAGCUGCACAGACUAGAGUAUUUUGUGGGAGCUGGGGCAUAACCCUGACUCGGAAAAGACUGCUCGACGGAGACAGCGAUCGGUUUGAAUUUUGAUGAUUGUGGCUCAGCCAUCCGUCAGAGGUUGCUCUAAUUUUGUGCUUGUGACUACACAUAAUAAAUAUUUUCCGGGCAGUCUUGAGACGGCUGCAUGAGAAGCACGGAAGGAUGGGGGAGAGUGACAAGCAACCUCUUCUCUUGUUGCCGGAGGAUUCAAACUCAGACUCAAAGAAUGAAACAAAAGGAAAAACAAAACUCAACGCUGAUGUACAUGUUCCCGUCGGUUCGGCAGCCUCCAGAUUCUCAGAGACUGCGAACAGGGAUGAUCUGGAAAAACUCUGGAUUCCAGACCCCCUUUUCGUAUCCGACGACAGAGUACGACGGGAUGGUCUCUGGGGUUCUGCGUUGGGACUUGCGACCCGAGAUGAAAACAUGGAGACAACAAGAGAUUGCAAAAGAGUAGCUGAGAUCGAAGCAACCGUUGAACAUCCCCUCUCACAGUACGACAGGGACUUACAUGGGGAUUCCCACGCGCUAUUGCAGCAUGAUGCCGCUCUCACGAACGGUAUUCAGAAAUUUGAAAUCGAGAGGCCCUCAGAACGUCCACGGAGCGAUAUCAAGGAGUGGGUGCGGAAAUCCGAUCAGGAACGGAACAGCCAGGCGGAAUGGUUUUCAGAGCUUUUGAAGCUGAAGCCUGCGUCAAUGAAUUCUGAGGCUGAAUCCAUCGCUGGUGAGAGAGAGCUUAGCUCAGACCGUAAGAGAGAAAAGCGAGUCUCCCAGCUUACUCGCCCGUCGUUGCAGAGACAGAGUUCCUUUGCCAUGCAAGUCUCAGAACGAAUGCCUCCUGAGUGGGUGCUUCUCCUUCUAGGUUGUUUGCUAGGCCUCUCGAGUGGUAUCAGUGUGGUUCUUUUCAAUAAAGGGGUACACCUUAUACACGAAUUGGCUUGGGCAGGAACGCCCCGCGAGGGAGCGGCCUGGUUGCGUGCACAAAAGCUUGUGGACAUCUGGCAUAGAAUCUUAUUGAUUCCUGUGGUGGGUGGAGUUGUUGUGGGAAUGUUUCAUACCGUGAUCGAAGUUGUGGACAUGAUUCGAACGGUUCGACCUCUGCCGGCGCGGAGAAACCGUAACAAAAUAGAUUGGCUUGCAGGGAUUAAACCUUUCAUCAAGGCACUGCAAGCUGCUUUGACUCUCGGCACUGGUCUAUCUCUGGGUCCUGAAGGUCCAAGUGUGGAUAUUGGCAAAUCUUGGGCUCAUGGUUUUUCAAGUGUCAUGAAACAUAGUAAAGAGAGACGAAUUGCACUCGUAGCAGCUGGUGCUGCUGCUGGGAUUGCUUCAGGUUUCAAUGCACCUGUUGCUGGGACCUUUUUCGCCAUUGAAACUGUGUUGAGACCCCAACAUGCUGAAAAUUCUCCUCCACUUACGACUGCAAUGAUCAUUUUAGCAGCAGUGAUCUCAUCUACUGUAUCUCAGGUUCUUCUUGGCGAGAGACCCGCAUUUAGUGUCCCACCUUAUGAAUUACGAUCUGCUGCUGAGCUGCCAUUGUACAUACUUCUUGGAGGCAUCUGCGGCAUUAUGAGUGUAAUAUUUACCCGCCUUGUAGCAUGGUUCACCCGCACCUUUGGUUUCCUUAAUGACCAAUUUGGCGUUCCUACAUCAGUUACUCCGGCUAUUGGAGCUCUAUUUACUGGAAUUAUUGCUCUAAGAUACCCAGGAGUUCUUUAUUGGGGUUUUACAAACGUGGAUGAAAUUCUCAAGACUGGUUUUACUGCUACUGCUCCCGGUCAAGGUCUUUUGGUUCAGCUCACUGUUGCAAAAAUAGUAGCUACUGCAAUGUGCAAAGGUUCAGGUCUUGUGGGAGGGUUGUAUGCGCCCAGUUUGUUCAUAGGGUCAGCAGCUGGCGCUUUGUAUGGCAGCAUAAUUGGGCAGGCCAUCAAUACCAUGAUGCCAGGUUUCAAUGCGGUGGCGCAUCCUCAGGCUUAUGCACUGGUGGGGAUGGCAGCCUUGCUAGCGUCAGUGUGUUCAGUUCCCCUCACAUCUGUCCUCCUGCUUUUUGAGCUCACCAAGGACUACCACAUUUUGCUCCCACUCAUGGGUGCAGUUGGACUUGCAAUCUGGGUCGCAGCCGUAGGAAAUCAGAAGAAGCCCUGUCACAGAGAGCCUACAGCCCAGCGUCUGCGAAGUGAUGAAUCGGAGACGUUGCUGACUGGGCGUGUGUGGCGCAAAGCUGAAGGGCCUGGGGUUGAGGUCGAGCUUGUUAUCAUGGAUAGUGAUGACGAUCCUAAUGGAACAUACAUCUCGGAAGAGGCUCUUAUGAAUGAGUUACAAGUAUCUCAGGCCAUGACAAAGGAAUAUGUGAAGGUGAAUGCAAUGGCAACGGUAAAAGAGAGCGUCGGUGCAAUGCUGGCUGGUGGACAGCGCUGUGCUCUGGUCGUUGAUGAGAAUGAUCUUCUAGAAGGAAUUGUGUCUUCCAGCGACUUACAACGUGAAGUACUGAGAGCCACUGAGGAAUCUGUUUUUUCUGACUUACCUAUCAUUGUAGAGGUAGAGAAAAUGUUGGUGGCUUCUAUCUGUACCAGUAGUAUAGAGAAUGUGGCCGACGGACGCAAAAUUGUAGUCUGCUACCCAGAUAUAACUCUGCGGGCUGCAGAGGAAUUGAUGCAACCGCUUGGUCUCCAUCAACUUUCAGUUGUCACACUUGUUGGCAGACAAUGGCAGGACUGUGGUCAUAAAGUGGUUGGUUUGUUACAUCGCGAAAUGAUUCCACAGUGUGUCAAGGCCGAGGCUUCUAAGCGAAUAGCAACCAUGCUUGAGCAGAAAGCAAAAGAAGACUUUCCAUCUCUUUCCAAUGGAGCGCAUUAACUACAAUAUAUUCAGUAGUCCAACCACGCCAAUGUGCGAUGUCUUGUGAACUUGGUUUAGUUUUUCAUCACUGCACCGAUGCAAAACUAAACCUUGUAGCAAUCACUUGCUCAAUAGGAAUUUGAUAGACCACCCAUUCUUUCGUCACUUGUAGUAUACCAUGUGACGUUUCAUUCUUAAUAGACCGAUAGUGUUUCGAUGAAACAGAGAUAUGCUUAGAUUUUAAGUCCUGGCUCAGCCAAAGCUUAUUAGUUCAAAUAGGAGAUGCUGUUACUAAGUUGUCAAAUAUGGCCUUAGUAAUGUUGAAAAGCCUAUUCAAGUAUUUUGAUAUGUCAAAAAUACAUUUUAAAGGAAUGCCGAGAUGUAGAAACUGUUCUGUUCA